UCUCCGACUCGAUCAUAAUGGUUUCGCUUGAAGAGUGUUGAGCGUCGAGCUGGGAAUCUCAACACGGGAUCAGUUGAAUUGUUCCGUUCGGCAAGAUCGCCGUCCGAAAAGCGUGCGUCCGUCCGUGCGUGCGUGCACCCAGACCGCGAAGUUGUGAAAAAUCAAUAAAAUUCCAAAAUGUGACCACCAUCUGCUGGGAUGGAUGGUUGCGGUUGUCAGUGUGGCUUUUAGAAGAACAUGGUCCGUGGUGUGAAUCAAGUGCUGAGGCUACUCCUCCUCUAUUUAUAAACACACACAACACACGGCAAGGCGGCGACGACGACGACGACGACGGUACGACGGGGCAUACACGCCCGCUGUUCUUUCUAUUUAAAAGAACAAACAAUACACACGCGGCCAGUGGCAUUAAAUCGGAGGAAAAAUACGGCCAUUCGGGCGUUCACGGAAAGGCCAUCCCAGUGCAGUUUCGGGAUCGGCUUUGCGAACAAGUGAAAGUGCUAUGAACCCGAGCAAUCAACGUCAUCCGGAAAUGAUGGCACCUUCUUAGUCAGAGUGAUUGCGAGUGCGGUUUUCGACGAGAGCGUUCUUCAUUCACUAUUAUUAUUAUUAUUAUUAUAAAGUCACUGCCAAGUGUGAACGUGUGUAGAUUUAAGUUUUACCAUAGAUCCCCUUAUGUUACGCGACGUGACACGGUUGACCUAUUUAUGGCAGCGAAGGAACCUUGAAGAAACCGUGUGCAUCUCAUCUUCUCGCAUUAUAGUGGCAUAGUGUGGAAUCGUGACGACGUUGACCCAUUCUGUGAAGCUCUCAACUCAUUCUCUCUCGCUAUGGUGAUGAAAAUAUUCACAAAGUGUUUCGUUGUCGGAAAAACAUUGUGACAUGAAUGCCGUUGUCGCUGUUGUUGUUAUUAUUGGUGUGAUUUGCGGUUCCACGAAGAAUGACACUGACGGAUGCCAACCGUGGAAGCCUUUUGUGAGGAAGAAAUAGUUUGGUGAUAGUGAUUGACGAUUUGAAAGUCUCGAAAUAUGGCAAGCAGUUUGGGCGUCGGAGUGCCACCGGAGAUUACGGCCGAGUGGACAGUGCAUGCGCAGCUGACCCUUUCGCACCAGGGAAGCAGUGCUAGCUGUGAUAAACUUAAAUCCGAAGGCGGUUCGGCCGAGUCCAAUCCAGCAGCGUCCAAUACCAAUAGCAAUGACGGUGGUGGUGGUGCAGGUGCAGGUGAGUCACCGGCACCAUCCAGCCAAAGGCCACCGGUGAAGGUGAUCUAUAAAUUUAGUACUCCCCGUGGAUCGGAUGGAGCCACUGUCAGCGGUAAUUAUUUUCCCGUUGACGGUGGGGGUGUGACAUUGAAGCAAGAUGGUGCUGCUAUUUUUACCGCCACUGACCAACCGAAAACGUCGUCGGCGUCUGUGGAUCAGUCCAAACAGUCCACCAACGAGGACGGUUCGAAACCCGUUCCCGCGGAACAGAAUCUUCCGAAACCGUCCGAUCCUGUGCCCAACUUUUUGGCAUCCCCCCAAACACUGACGACGGCCAUGACGUCGCAACUAUUCCCCCAGUGCACCAGUACCUGUAGUAUAGUGUUAACGGCAGACCUCCUCCCAGCGGCCGGUAGAGGCGAGCCCUUCAUCAGCGUCAACAAGUGUGCCUCCACCAGCAAUGUGUUCAACACGGCCGAUAAGUUCACCUGCUUCCCGGAUAAGGCCUCCAAUGGAUCGAAAAUCUACGAAGCCAGAGACGUGAGCUGCCAGACGAGCGAUAUCGAGCUGACCAAAGACAAGACGGUUCAAACCAGUCGAGAUGACCUGCGGAGUCUACCGCGAAGGGCUGCCGAAGCUCUGAUGUCACCGGUUACGGCUCGCCGAGAAGAAAAAUAUGGCUCUUUAACUCGUAUAUCCCCGAUUUCACCGGCGGACAUCCUCUCGCCUAGCAAUACACUCCAAUCGCAGCGUUCGUCGGUCAAGGACAGCAAGAAGAAACCCCGAACGGUGCACAUUGAUGUCUACUGUACGGGAUCGGAUGCCGAAUCGUCCUCGUCGGCCGAUUCGUCGUCCCGGUCCGCUUCGCUAUCAUCUGCUUCGGGCAGUCGCUUCGACACCAGCCAUCUCAUGGACAUCAAGUCCAACUCGAAUGUGACCCAUCCGACAGUCUUCGAAUCGGAAGAAAUGAAACUGAGGCAUAAGCGAGCUGGGAAACAUGAUGUUCCUCGGCGGUUAGUUCAGCAAACUGUCGUCGAUCAGAGCACGCUGUCGACGGUGGGUGGUAGUGUGAAGAGAUCCGGAUCGCAUAACAGAAGAAGCGUCAAACGGAGCAGUACGAAGGAUGAGAUCAACGAAUCGAAGCAGAUGCUGUUCAAUAAGAUCCUCGGUGAACCGAAGGAAGCUGAAACCUUUGCCAAUCUGGAGUACUUGGAGCGUGAUCCGAGCGAUGACAAUAUCAGUUCAAAUUAUCCAUUUUCCAAUCGAUCCACCAAGAGAGACGUCACGGGAAGUAGCCUAUCGAGUGCCCUAGCUUCGGCAGGCUUCGAUGAUAUCGGUGACCUGGAUGAAUCGGCAAGUGGUAUAGUGAAUCUGAACCGAAGCGGAACUGUCAUGACGCACUCGGACAGCUUCGAGUAUGCCAACAGUGAAGAUCGCUACCGAAUCCAUCAGAUGGAGCGGGUGUGGGGAGACCAGACAUGGAAGUCUCCAUCCGUGGAACGAAAACUGUUGGAGAUUCACAAUCCCAAGUUUCUCCGCCGUAGUGAAUCGGAAAACAAUCUAUCAGAAUCGGAUCACAGCUUCGUGUACGAUAGUCCAUCGCGUCCGAACGAGUCGAUUCAUAGCGAUUCUAGCCCUUCAACGGUGAAGAGCAACUCGAACCGAGCUCCGUCGAACGUAAACGCAUCAAAGCGGAUUCUUCAGCACGCCCUGCUCAAUGCCAACGGUUCAUCGACGUUCCCUCCGAGGACGCUGUCCCCGGUAGAAGGCUACACCAGUGAGUAUCUCGCCCUGGCCAGACGGUUCGGUAGCUUGAUCACUGGGAAGCGAAAACCUGGUGUGCACAUGGGACCAGUGAGGAAUCCGGAAUGCCAGUGCGAACACUGCCGCCGCUGGAUGCUGCAGCGGGACGAUAACGUACGGGAGCGGGCCAUGUCCGUCGACGAUGCGCCCUCCAGCAUUGUCGAUAUGAGACGGAAGCUCCAUCUGCGGAAUUACGCCGUACUGCAGUGAAGUGGACCGAAGUCUACAUUGUACAUAUUGCUUUUAGGAUUGCAUUUGUCUUUUUCUUUCGAUUUCUACUCUUCAUUUCCUUGCAGUUAUGUGGCAUUCACUGUAUUUAGAAGUAGGAAGUAUUUAUGGUAAUCUCUAGGGAAUCUUUGUACAGAUCGAAUAUAGAGCUAGGUAUU